AGUCCGUGUUCAUCGACUGCUGCAGCUUCCCAGUGUCCGUGGAGAUCAGAUAAUGGCGUCUUACUAUACAGGGGGAGCAGCCUGUGGUGUCCUGAUAUUAUUAUUAUACAGGGGGAGCAGCCUAUAGUGGCCAGUUAUUUUUAUUAUUAUACAGGGGGAGCAGCCUGUGGUGUCCUGUUAUUAUUUUACAGGGGGAGCAGCCUCUGGUGCCAUUUUAUUAUUAUUAUACAGGGGGAGCAGCCUGUGGUGUCCUGUUAUUAUUAUUAUACAGGGGGAGCAGCCUGUAGUGGCCAGUUAUUUUUAUUAUUAUACAGGGGGAGCAGCCUGUGGUGUCCUGUUAUUAUUUUACAGGGGGAGCAGCCUCUGGUGCCAUUUUAUUAUUAUUAUACAGGGGGAGCAGCCUGUGGUGUCCUGUUAUUAUUAUUAUACAGGGGGAGCAGCCUGUAGUGUCAUGUUGUUGUUAUUAUUAUUAUUAUUAUUAUUAUUAUUACUAUACAAGAGGAGCAGCCUGUGGUGUCCUGUUAUAAUAAUAAUAAUUAUUAUUAUACAGGGGAAGCAGCCUGUAGUGUCCUAUUAUUAUUAUUAUUAUUAUUAUACAGGAGGAGCAGACUGUGGUGUCCUAUUAUUAUUAUUAUUAUUAUUAUUAUUAUUAUUAUAGAGAGGGAGCAGCCUGUGGUGUCUUGUUGUUGUUUUUGUUGUUGUUAUUAUUAUUAUUAUUAUAAUACAGGGGGAGCGGACUGUGGUGUCCUGUUAUUAUUAUUAGUAUUAUUUUUUAGAGGGAGCAACCUGUGGUGUCGUGUUGUUGUUAUUAUUUUUAUUAUACAGGGGGAGCAGCCUGUAGUGUAUUGUUGUUGUUUUUUGUUUGUUUUUUAUUAUUAUUAUUAUUAUUAUUAUUAUUAUUAUUAUACAGGAGGAGCAGCCUGUGGUGUCCUGUUGUUAUUAUUAUAAUACAGGAGGAGCAACCAGUGGAAUCCAGUCAUUAUUAUUAUUAUACAGGAGGAGCAGCCUGUGGAAUACAGUUGUUAUUAUUAUACAGAGGGAGCAGCAGCCUGUGGUGUCCUGAACUCCAGCUGUGGGGAUCGGAGUCUUUACUACACAUCACACGUUCUGUAUUCUCUCUGAUUCACUGAGGAUGGACAAGGACAGGAGUCACAGGACUGAGAGGAUAAUAAAUAUUACCCUGGAAAUCAUCUACCUGCUGACUGGGGAGGAUUACACAAUAGUGAAGAAGACAUCCAAUGAGUUUGAGACACCGAGCAGCCAUCCCCAUGUAUCAGGAGGACUGAGUAAAAUCCAGAGCCCCAUCACGGUGCCUCCACCUCACUCACUGACACAUGAGAGACACAAUGACCAGAAGAUCCUGGAACUCACCAACAAGAUCAUUCAGUUGCUGACUGGAGAGGAGGUGGAGUAUAUAGAGGAACACAGGGGUCUGUACAAGGACGUGAUGAUGGAGAAUCACCGGCCCCUCACAUCACUGGAUGGACCCAUUAACAGAGAUACCCCAGAGAGAUGUCCCCGUCCUCUGUAUUCCCAGGAUUGUACAGAGGAGAAUCACAGGAUCCCACAGGAGGAUCAGAUGAUGGUCAUCGAUUACGUAGUUUAA